AUGGAGGGAGGCGGUUUGGGCCCAAAGACGGACGUGACAAUAAAUGUUUCAGGCACCGUGACGUUACCGCUGCACCUACAGGCGCUGGAAACUCUUGAAGACCCCGUGCUGCAGGCAGAGAUCAUGAAGGAGGCCGCGCGCAUCGCGAUUUCUGAGAAACUCAGUGGCUUUGAUAAGAUGCAUAUCACCGCUGCACAGAGACGUGGCAAUCCGAGCUGUGAGGCGACGCUUGAAUUUGCAGAUCUCUGCUGCGCCAUUGCAAAUUUGCAGCACGCCUACGAGCAUGCCAUGGGGUAUUUUCUUAAGAUCCAGGAGAUUAUCGACAAGAAAAGGACGCAGCUACAGGAAGAGAGGCUGAAGAAAUCUGAAGAAGAAGAAGAAGAAGAAGAGGAAGCGGGUCCUGAAGACGUGCUUGCAGAUAUUCAUCAGUUGAUUCGAGACGCGCUGGACGGUCCAGGCGAAGCACCGUUUGCGUCAGUCAUUCGUGAAUCCGCCCACAAAAACACGACGGUAGCAGCAGGAUCCAUGGCUGAUUGUGAUGAUGGUGACGGGGCAGCAGAUUAUUAUGACGACAUGCAUAAUCCGGAGGCAGAGGGCUACGCCCCGCUGUUGGAUCACACCGACACCGGAUUGAAAGAAGAAGUGGAGGAAGAAGAAGAAGAAUCAACGAUAAAAACCGAAAAAAAAGGAGGGUCUGAGAGACAACGAGACGGCAGCCGCUGA